AUGUUUGAAGCUCGUCUUGCUCAGGGAUCUAUGUGGAAGAAAAUUUUAGAGUCCAUCAAAGAUUUGCUGAACGAAGCCAUUUUUGAUUGUUCAAGUACAGGCAUCACUUUGCAGGCAAUGGACAGCUCUCAUGUGAGCUUGGUUUCGCUGAGCAUGAAAUCUGAUGGCUUUGAAACAUAUCGAUGUGACAGGAAUCUGUCGAUGGGCAUUCAUUUACCAAGUAUGUCCAAAAUUAUGAAGUGUGCUGGUAAUGAUGACAGCAUCACCAUUAAGGCAGCAGAUGAAGCAGAUACAGUAUCACUGGUGUUUGAGUCACCAAAUCAGGAGAAAGUCUCUGACUACGAGAUGAAACUGAUUGAUCUAGAUACUGAGCACUUGGGCAUUCCGGACACUGAGUACAGCUGUGUGGUGAAGAUGCCAAGUGGAGAGUUUCAGAGAAUCUGCCGGGAUCUCAGUCAGCUGGGGGACUCUGUUGUCAUUGCCUGCACAAAGGAAGGCAUCAAAUUCUCUGCUAGUGGAGAGCUGGGCACAGGAAACAUCAAAUUGUGCCAGAAUGCCAGUACAGACAAAGAGGAGGAGGCUGUGAUUGUGGAUAUGAAUGAAGCUGUGUGUUUGACCUUUGCUCUCCGCUAUCUCAACUUCUUCACCAAGGCCACACCCCUGUCACCACAGGUGACUCUGUCAAUGUCCCAGGAUGUACCUCUGGUGGUGGAGUAUAAGAUCGCUGACCUGGGCUUCCUCAGAUUCUACUUAGCUCCAAAGAUUGAAGAUCAGGAGGCAGAGUAA